AUGGUCUGUUUCAGCUCCCCCUACAGUUCUGGUCCCCUGCUGCUGCUCAUUCUCCUCACAUGUGUCACCCAGCAUGGUUAUGUUGAGUGGACACAGCCACUGUAUCGACACCCCAGCAUGCCCUCGCACCCAACCUCAGCCAAGCCAACCAAACCGCCCACCGAGGUUGAUCUGGAAAUCCAAGAAAUCAUCGGGAGGCUGGACCGGCUGGUGCCUGACCACCCAUUCACACACGUGAAUGCCACCACCAGUGCCCAGCACAGCGUGGCCACCCUCCUCCACCCUCGAGACACAUUCUGCGUCGGAGAGUGGCUCGAGAUCCGUGUGGAGGCCAGGGACCACCAGGGACGCCCCAAGGAGUACGGUGGCGACUUUCUGAGAGCCAGGAUCUCCACCCCGGCCAGGAAGGCGGGCGCUUCGGGAAGAGUGGAAGACUUCCACAACGGCACCUACCUGGUCUCCUUCAUGCUGUUUUGGGAGGGCCAAGUUUCCGUGUCCCUGCUGCUCAUCCACCCCAGCGAAGGGACAUCUGCGCUUUGGAGAGCCAGGAAGAGAGGCUAUGAUAAGGUCAUCUUCACAGGCAGUUUCCUCAACGGAUCGUCAUACGUCCGCACCGAAUGUGGCUUAAUUCCUCGUGCAAACACCGAACAGUGUCAGUACCUGGACCAGCGAGACCAAGAAACGUUUUGUUGCAACAAGCCCCAACUUAUAUCUUGCAAUGCUUUGACCCACAUGACCACCAGGAGCAGUCCACUUUCAUAUCUGAGCAUUGAAGAGAGAAGCCUCUUUGUCAGAUCCAGAAUGGGUGUUCCCAUCUCGAUGACGUUUGGCUCGGUCAAUGUUCAGAGUUGUGGGAGAGAAACCGUGACGGAGUCCUGCCGGGUUGGAAUGGACUCCCCCUUCCCCAGUGGCUUCGUCUUGGAAAAUGAGUGGAGGCCGGCCCUUUGCAGAUUGUCCCGGUUUAGCACCCUGAAUGGGACUCUCAACUGCCUGACGGGAAAACUGAUUUACCUCAUGGGAGACUCCACGCUUCGUCAGUGGAUUUACUAUUUCCAGAAAUUUGUGACCACCCUAAAAUUUUUUGACCAUCAUGGAAUUGGAGUUUUGGGGAUACACGUACUUAUGGAUGUUGGGAAACACAUAAAGAUUCAGUGGAAGAAACAUGGAAAACCAUUUGUGACCCAAAAAAUAUAUGAAGUGAAAAAUGAUGAAUAUAUCACUCGUGAAAUUGACAAAGUUGCAGGAGACAAACGUACAGCUAUCGUCUUCACCUUGGGCCAGCACUUCCGACCCUUCCCCAUCGACAUCUUCAUCCGCAGGGCCAUCAACGUCCGCCGAGCCGUCCAGCGUCUGCUCCUCCGGAGCCCGGACACCAAAGUCAUCCUCAAGACCGAAAACACCAGGGAGCUGUUGGCAGAGCCAGAGAGAUUUGGCGACUUUCACGGCUACAUGCAGUAUCUUGCUAUGAUGCAUGUUUUCCAGGACGUACCUGUGGGGGUCAUCGAUGCCUGGGAUAUGAAUGUGGCAUUCAGCACGAACAAUGUUCACCCUCCCGAACAUGUCAUUGGGAACCAGAUUAACAUGUUCCUAAACUACAUUUGCUAG